UUUCUUGGUCUCUUUGCUUUGCUUUUAUAUUAUUUGUCUUUUAUAUUGAAUUAGCUCGCUAGCGAAAUCCACAUUUCGUCAGAAAAAAGAAAGGCUAUAAAAAUGCACAACAGCACCAAUAGCAGCAGCAAUAGCAACACAGCCAACGCCAGCGCCGGUUCCGCGCGAGUUCUGUCCAUCCAGUCGCACGUCGUAUCGGGCUACGUCGGCAAUCGCGCGGCAACAUUCCCGCUCCAACUGCUCGGACACGAAGUGGACGUUAUCAACACAGUGCAGUUCAGCAACCACACCGGAUACAACCAGUUCCGCGGGCAGCGGUUCCCAGCCGAUCACAUCCUCGACCUCUUUGCGGGGCUGCAGGCCAACCAGCUGGAUACCGGAUACACGCACCUGCUGGCCGGGUACAUGGGCAACAGUGAGAACGUGCGUGCAGUCGAGACCAUUGCGCGCCAGCUGCUGCAGACAAACCCAGGCCUCCAGUUUGUCCUAGAUCCCGUCAUGGGCGACGAGGGUGCGCUGUACGUGCCCAGGGAGCUGGUAGCGCUGUACCGCGACGUGCUGUGCCCCCUGGCCAGCAUGGUGACGCCAAACCAAUUCGAGGCCGAGCUGCUGACAGGCAUUACCAUAGAGACGCUGGACGACGCGCGCAGCGCCUGCAACAGGCUGCACGAGCUGGGUGUUCCCAACGUCGUUAUCACGUCGUCCGAGCUCAAGAACUCGAAGGGGACUCUGCACCUGGUCGGAUCCGAAUUAAACGCGACGAGCGGGGAGAGCACCAGUUUGCGAUUACGUUCCCGCGCCUUGACGGGCGACUUUUUCGCCGCGCUGACUAUGGCCCGACACGCGUCGCUGGUGGCCAGCUAUGGCGGCCGUUUGGGCGCGCUGGCAAGAGCCUGCGAGCUGGCUACGGCCACACAGGCAGGCAUCAUGGAGGCCACGCAGCGCCAUCAGCAGGCGACAGGCAUUGCCGUGUCCGAUAGCCUGGUGCGCGGCACGCGGCCGAGCGGCAUGGUGAGGGGAUUUGAGCUGCGCAUCAUUCCCUCGCAAAGCCUGAUUACAAGCCCAACCAAGAGCUUCACAGCAGAGAUAAUUUGAAUAAUUUACAUGGAUUUUUUAUUUACAACAUGAAACAAAAAGCAAAUAUACAA